UGAAGGGUGCGCGUUCCCGUGGCUGUGCACCGGGUAGGUCUCAGUCAGAGUCACUAUGGCGGCCGGCGCUGGCAAGGUCGGAAAGUUUCCUGCCUCGUCCGGCACAGCCUGAGUUUGCCCCACCGGCCGCGAGUGGUGGAGGCUGCGGCGGACCCAGCCCGGGGCCUCCAGGCCUCUUCUCCAACCUCCGGGCCAGUCUCCCUCCCCCACCUCUUCGUCCGCUUGGAGCUGCGGCUGCAGUCCCUGAGAUGCGACCCUCGCGGGGGCGACCCUGAGGGGAGGCGGCCCGUGUGCUGAGCAGCAUCCAAGAGCCCAGGCGUUCAGGGAUCAACUUCCCGCCGGCCGGGACCCCCGAGCCUCCCUGGGGUGGUGCCUUGCUCGGUCCGCACCGGCCUGCGGAGCCGGGUCCCCGCCCUGGUCGCGGGGACGCCCGCCAGGUGCCCGGGAAUCCCGACUUGGCCGCGCCCCCGCCGGCCCGCACGCCUCGUGCCAAGGACCCUCGCCACUGCCUCCUCGGCUUGUGCCCUGCCAGGGACCCCGUGCCUGCUCCCGGGGCGGCCUCCGCGCAGCAGGGGCAAUGCAGACUGUCCCGCUGGCCGUCUAGAACCCUUCUCCGCCCUCUGUCCCCUUCACCACCGAGACCCUCGAGGACGGGCGGUGGCCACCCAGAGGUGCUUGGCUAUACCUUCCUGUUGCCCGAAAGGAUUUUCUUGGCCGCACCGAACCGACCCUUCCUUCAUGCUGCAGUGCUGCAACGUUUCCGCCACUAAGGGGGAAAAACGGCCGCGAUCUCAAACAAAACACAAGAAUUGGUGUGUGACUCAUCUGCUUGGAUACCUCCAGUCCCCAAACUGUCUUCCAGGAGUUUUCUUGGCCGAAGCUGCCUGAUGUUUGAGCCUUUUCUUCCCAGGGAAGAAGAUGGACUGAAAGCUGCCAGUUGGGGACUUUUUGUGAGCAGGGCGCUGCUGGGUUUUGAAGGAGGUGAUGGGGCUUGCGCUGGCUUGUCUUCCCACCCAAGUGAAGAGUUGUUGAUUUUCACUGGUUAUGCUUAGACAAUGCGUAGUUUGUUUUAAUUUAGAAUUUUGGGGUGGAUAAGGGUAUAGGCUUGUGAAGGGCAGUCCGGAUCCGGAGGAACUCCUCUUUGUCCCUGGUAGGAGGGAUACCCCCAGUCUGUCCUCGAUGCCGUCAGCCUUGGCCAUCUUCACUUGCCGCCCGAACUCGCACCCGUUUCAGGAGCGUCAUGUCUACCUGGACGAGCCCAUCAAAAUCGGCCGCUCGGUGGCCCGCUGUCGACCAGCGCAGAAUAAUGCCACCUUUGAUUGUAAAGUGCUGUCAAGGAAUCAUGCUCUCGUCUGGUUUGAUCACAAGACGGGCAAGUUUUAUCUCCAAGACACUAAAAGUAGUAAUGGUACCUUUAUAAAUAGCCAGAGAUUGAGUCGAGGCUCUGAAGAAAGUCCACCAUGUGAAAUUCUUUCCGGUGACAUUAUCCAGUUUGGGGUAGAUGUGACAGAGAACACGCGGAAAGUUACCCAUGGGUGUAUUGUUUCCACGAUAAAACUUUUUCUACCAGAUGGUAUGGAAGCCCGGCUCCGCUCAGAUGUCAUCCAUGCUCCAUUACCAAGUCCUGUUGACAAAGUUGCUGCUAACACUCCAAGUAUGUACUCUCAGGAACUAUUCCAGCUUUCUCAGUAUCUACAGGAGGCCUUACAUCGGGAACAGAUGUUGGAACAGAAGUUAGCCACGCUUCAGCGGCUACUAGCCAUCACCCAAGAGGCUUCAGAUACCAGUUGGCAGGCUUUAAUAGAUGAAGAUAGACUCUUAUCACGGUUAGAAGUUAUGGGAAACCAAUUACAAGCAUGCUCCAAAAAUCAAACAGAAGAUAGUUUACGGAAGGAACUUAUAGCAUUACAGGAGGAUAAACACAACUAUGAGACAACAGCCAAAGAGUCCCUGAGACGAGUUCUUCAGGAGAAAAUUGAAGUGGUUAGAAAACUUUCAGAAGUUGAGAGAAGUCUGAGUAAUACUGAAGAUGAAUGUACCCACCUGAAAGAAAUGAAUGAACGGACUCAGGAAGAAUUAAGAGAAUUAGCCAAUAAAUAUAAUGGAGCAGUUAAUGAGAUUAAAGAUUUAUCUGAUAAAUUAAAGGUAGCAGAGGGAAAACAGGAAGAAAUCCAACAAAAGGGACAAGCCGAGAAAAAAGAAUUACAACAUAAAAUAGAUGAAAUGGAAGAAAAAGAACAGGAACUUCAGGCAAAAAUAGAAGCUUUGCAAGCUGAUAACGAUUUUACUAACGAAAGGCUAACAGCUUUACAAGUACGGUUAGAACAUCUUCAGGAGAAAACUCUUAAAGAAUGCAGCAGCUUAGGGAUACAAGUUGAUGACUUCUUACCUAAAAUAAAUGGGAGCACAGAAAAAGAGCACUUGCUUUCAAAGAGUGGCGGGGACUGCACUUUUAUUCAUCAAUUCAUAGAAUGCCAGAAGAAGCUGAUCGUUGAGGGGCAUCUAACCAAAGUGGUAGAAGAAACAAAGCUUUCAAAAGGUUUGUUUUCUGGUUUUUCUGUGGCUCUUUUAGAUAAUGAAGGAAACCAGGCAAAAGCAAAGGAAUCUGAUUUAUCAGAUACUCUGAGUCCAAGCAAGGAAAAAAGCAGUGACGAUACUACAGACGCCCAAAUGGAUGAGCAAGACCUAAAUGAACCUUUUGCUAAAGUGUCUCUAUUAAAAGAUGACUUGCAGGGUGCACAGUCAGAAAUUGAGGCAAAACAAGAAAUUCAGCAUCUUCGCAAGGAAUUGAUUGAAGCCCAGGAAUUAGCUAGAGCAAGUAAACAAAAAUGCUUUGAACUUCAAGCUCUUUUGGAAGAAGAAAGAAAAGCCUAUCGAAAUCAAGUUGAGGAAUCCACUAAACAAAUACAGGUUCUCCAAGCCCAACUGCAGAGAUUACACAUUGAUAUUGAGAAUCUCCGGGAGGAGAAGGACAGUGAAAUCACAAGCACUAGAGAUGAAUUGCUUAGUGCCCGAGAUGAAAUUUUGCUCCUUCACCAAGCAGCAGAAAAGGCUGCCUCUGAGCGAGACACUGACAUUGCUUCUUUACAAGAAGAGCUUAAGAAAGUGCGAGCUGAGCUUGAGCGGUGGCGGAAAGCAGCAUCUGAGUAUGAGAAGGAAAUCACAGGUCUGCAAAAUAGUUUUCAGCUUCGAUGUCAACAGUGUGAGGACCAGCAGAGAGAGGAAGCAACAAGGUUGCAAGGUGAACUAGAGAAGUUGAGAAAGGAAUGGAAUGUAUUGGAAGCUGAAUGCCAUUCUCUAAAAAAGGAAAAUGUUUUGCUAUCAUCAGAACUGCAGCGGCAAGAAAAAGAAUUGCACAAUUCUCAGAAGCAGAGUUUAGAGCUUACCAGUGAUCUCAGCAUCCUUCAGAUGACUAGGAAAGAGCUUGAGAAUCAAGUGGGAUCCUUGAAAGAACAGCAUCUUCGGGAUUCAACUGAUUUAAAAACUCUUCUCAGUAAGGCUGAAAACCAAGCAAAGGAUGUACAGAAAGAGUAUGAAAAGACACAGACUGUACUCUCAGAACUGAAGUUGAAGUUUGAAAUGACUGAGCAGGAAAAGCAAUCAAUCACAGAUGAGCUCAAACAAUGUAAAGACAACCUGAAGCUGCUUCGAGAGAAAGGAAAUAAUCCUUCCAUAUUACAACCCGUCCCAGCCGUAUUCAUCGGCCUAUUCCUGGCUUUCCUGUUUUGGUGUUUCGGUCCAUUGUGGUAGAGAAAGAAACCCUGGCCCUGGAUGCCCAUGUUGGCGGCCCUGGUUGCGGUGACAGCCAUCGUGCUGUACGUGCCAGGUCUGGCCAGAGCUUCUCCAUGAGAGCGUUUCUUGAGUCUGUACACCGUCCUCCCUCUAGAAGCUGGCAUCACACUCAUGCUGGGGACAAACAGAACCAUUUUCUUCCCUUUUACCUCUUAAAACAGCAGAAGUGCAAGAAUACAGCUAUAGGGUCAUUGCUUUAAAUUAUAUAAAAUGUAUCUGUCUAUAAAGAGGAUAUAAAAUUGUGACUUUAUUCUACUGUAAGCAAUAAUUUGCUUGCAAUUUUUCAUGUAAUUUUUUAAUUAGUUUGUUGAGAUUCUGAAUAUUAUGGUGGCCUAAAGUAGGCUUCUUGGUACACCAAAUUAUUUAUAACAUUAAAUUUAUGGGUAUUUUACCCCUAAUUCUGAUGGCCAGAUAAUUCAUUUUUCUGAUUCAAAAACUACCCAAACCAAACAACCAAUUCAUACAUGGGAAAAGAGGCCCUGUGUGCUCAGUGCCUAUCAGUUUGAAAUAUAUACACAUAUAUAUAUUUUUUACAUAUUUACGCCAUUUUUACUUGUUAUAAAACCACUGAGCUAUUGGGAACAAGAACUUAGAGACAACUAUUUGCGUGAAUUUUUUUUUUUUUUAAAGGAAAAAUACAUUUGGAAAAUAUUCUGUUAUAGUGAUAAUUUGGGGCAUAUGUGCACGCUUAUUCAGCCUUAAUGUGACUUGAAGAUGUGGAGGACAUCACUUUGAAAAACUUUCCAUGAGAGUGUGUAUUUUCUUGAGCAAACUAAAGUAUUUCUGGGAGCAAAAACAUAGCAAUUACACAAUUUCAGUGCAGUCAACCAAACUGUUGAGUCAAUUGGAAUGUAAUUUAUUAAACCUCAUGUAUUUAAAGAGAUAUUUUCUUUAAAAGCCAAGUUACUUCCUCAUAUACAGCAUUUUAGGAAGCAUGAUUUUUUUUCUAUCAUCUGUUCCUCCAAGCAUGUUAAUUGAAGAAAGAAUUAAUAUCUCUUUGGAUGAGCUUUUAUUGACUUAAUUCAGUUAUGAUGUUUUGGAGCUAAUUCAUGUUUGAGAUGAGCUGUUGUUACCUACCAACAUAUUUCCUGGUUGGGUAUUCAAAUGGUUAUUUUCUUUUUAUUGUUGUUAAUUGGGACUUUCUGUUAAUGAGAAGCACUGUUCCUAAGAUUAAUACUGUUCCAUGCACAAUGAAGCACCUAAACACUGCUUGAUGUUAUCAAUUUAAAACACAGAAGUGAAAGUUUAGCUAUGGUUUUGUGCAGCACCAUAGUUAUGUCAAUGAAAUUUAUUUAGGUCAUAGAAUAUCCUAAAGUAUCGCACAGUUAAAAUUUUCAGUCAGUGAAGACUGGGAGGUAAUGUCAAUGAAUUGGCUUGAAUGUUCUGUGGCAAUCCACAGAUCUUGCCAGAUAUUGAAAUAGGAGUUUAGGGUAUAAUUUGCCUUGUGAUGUUUGGCAGUCAUUCUUUAUACUUUAAACGUUAUGUUUUAAGCUAUUUGGGUUGCUGUUGGGAGGAUCACUAGAUUUAUGGAGGAAUUAGUCACAAAUGACUUGCAGAAAAUACUGUCAUAUAGUUCAUUUCAUCAUUUUCUGUUGCAGGAAGCCACUCCACCACAGAAUGCUAAUAUGCCAGUGGUACCCAGUACCUCUUGUACAUAGGUUAUUGCAAAUAUUGUUCUGAAAUGCUUAACUUCAGAAUUACAUUUUUUAAAGUAAAUAAUUGUUUUAAAUCUAUUUUGUAAAGAUAUAAAAUACAAUAGAAUUUCUGGAGUACAGAUUAAACUAUUUGCACUAACACACGUGAUGUGCAUGAUUUAAUAAAAUAAUUUACUCUCCCUA